GGCCCCGCCCCUUCUGUUGCCAAGCACUACGUCAUAGGUGUGGACGACUGAGCGAUACUGCCAAUGUUGGUAUCGUACUCGGAGAACGUAUCGAAGACACCGACAAAUAAAGUGAUGUCAGAGACAAUGGGUCGCUCUUCUUCUGUCUCCUCCAUUUCCCUGCUUGAGGUCAAAGCUGAGAGUCGUCUGGUCCUCCAAGCUUUCCUCCAGCGAACCCUUACUGUCCCGUUUAGAGACAGGCCUGGCUGGGUAGGAGGAACCUACAAGGAUCCUGACCAAUACAGUGUUGGUGUCAAACCAAAAGUAAAAGGUCAAGGUCAUGCUGAGGCUGAAGAUAAAAACUCACCGGACGAGAAGAAGACUGGACUUAAAAACCUCAUGAAGCACCUGCCCCGACGUAAUAGUCCACGCUCUUCUGCCAACGACGGGAAAAGUUCUUUGGAAAAGGAAGGCAAGCUCAAAGCACCUAAUGUCAACCAGCUGUCCGAUGAAGACGUUUUAUCUUCUUCCUCUUCAUCAGAAGAAGAAAAGAGUGAGAAGAAACAGACCAAACUCAGAAAAAAUAUCAAGCGAAAGAUGUCCAAGUUUUUCAAGAUAAAGAUAGAAAAGGACAAAGAGAAGAUAAAAGAGGGACAUGAAUCUCUGCCUCAUAGGCCUUCCAAACUGAAACUUGACAAAACAGUCGAGUCACCAACACCAAACCUUGUUUCUCCAAAUCACCCUGCGGACUUCUACAAUGAAGUUGCACAGAAGUUGGAAAGGAUUGCCACCAGUACAAAAAGAUCGAGUCCCACUCCUCAUACUUCCUUGGAUGUGCAUGACGACGAUUUGAUGGUGCAGCAGCUGGUUCAAGUGCUGUCUGUAGAGGGAGAUUCUAUGAACGAUAAGAUCCAAACGGACCCCUUUCUCCGCUCCAGUUUGGCUCGCCUAUCGUAUAACUCCUUCUCUACACUUCUGGACACAGUCAGUCAGUUAGUAGAAGUUCCAGUCCUCCUUCCAACGCAGAGUCCAACUUUGCAGCGCAUGGCUGUCACGAUGAAGGUGUCAAGGCAAAUCGUGACAGCUACUGGUGCCCAACGCAUGCAAGUUUUCGCACAGAACUACAUGGAAAACUUUGCCCCCUGGGUGAAGCAUCAGGGAGGAUGGGAAAAUGUGGCAGAAAUGAGGGAUCCCAUGGAAUAUGACUGAGUUCUCCAGGAGUUUGAGAACACAAGGAAGCUUUGGUGGUAUCGAUUUUCUAUUACUGUGAAUUCCUAGUCAAAUCAAUUCACAAAAUGCUUAAAUGAAGGAUGGAUUAUGAGGUGAGAGGGCACUCUCAUUACGAACGAACGCGUAAAAUGCUUAGAAUGUGUGGCUGCCUAGAGAUGCUUGAUCCACAUAUUGUCUCUCCAGUUUCUAUUCAAGCAGGUGUUUAAUAUUCACAGUAUUAAUAACAGUACAGUAUAGUAGUUUUAGCAAAACAGUGCCACUGUGAAGUCAUUUUACAACUGCAUAAUGUUUUUAUAUUGUGUGAUGGAUAACAUGUAUUAAAUUAUUCCAUGUGUACAGUGUGCACGGUUGCACUCAAAAUUAUUCAAACAGCCGUGCUUUUAAAAGUGUAUACAGUUCAGGCCAAAAGUUUGGACACACCUUCUCCUCAUUCAUUGAGUUUUCUUUUAUUUUCAUGACUAUAUUGUAGAUUGUCACUGAAGGCAUCCAUUAGUUAUGUACUUAAACAACAAAAGAUGAAAUAACUGAAAACAUGUUUUAUAUUCUAGUUCCUUCAAAAUAAACACCAUUUGUUCUGAUUACUGCUUUGCACACUCUUGACAUUCUCUCGAUGAGCUUCAAGCACACCUAUGAAGUGAAAACCAUUUCAGUUGACUACCACUUGAAGCUCAUUGAGAGAAUGCCGAGAGUGUGCAAAGCAGUAAUCAGAGCAAAGGGUGGCUAUUUUGAAAAAACUAGAAUAUAAAACAUGUUUUUGUUAGAAAACGCAUUGAAUGAGGGGAAGGUGUGUCCAAACUUUUGGCCUGUACUGUACAUGUUCGUUUUUUAUUCUAACUACUGAUACUUUAAAUCAGAUUUACAAAAAGUGCUUGAAUUAAUUUGAGUGCUGCUCUAUGAUUCUUAUAGAAUAAGGGACUUUUGGUAUUUGAAGGUGGUGCUCUUUAAAACACACCAUUACAUAUGAAAUUUUUUCUGUGAAUAUAUUUAUACAUAUAUUUAUAUAAUUGCAAAGUUGCAAAACAGAGGGUGACAACUGACGAGAGAAAGUGCUACAAUGUUAUAUAUACAGUAUAUUUAUUUACAGAAACAAUAAUGUUCAAGAACAUGGCAGCCAAAAUACUGACAGCAUGAAGUCUGCUUUGUUUCAUGGGACAAUCAAUCUACUGUGUAAGUUAUUUGUGUCAUGGACUGUUUACACAUGAUGCGCGCAAAAUAGUUGGCGUCUCUUGACUUGUAGAGUGGACAAAUGAUACAAAAAAUGUUUUUUCUAUGAUGUGCUUUUAUAAAAAUGUGUCCAAACAA